CUUUCACUCAUGUCAGGUCCGUCCGUCGCUCAGUAUUUUGCUUGCAUUUGCAUUGUAUAUUAUUUCAUUUUCAUUAUUUCUGUUGUAGGAAAUGGACGCAUAAUGUGGUUGAAGUGAGUCAUGUUGAUAAGCGUUUCCUUGGUGAAUCUCAAUUAAUUUACACAUAACGUCGUAGUGAAUUAGAAAUGGCGUUAACCGCCGUUGCGGAGGAGUAUUUCCGCACAUUGAACCCCCUGGCUUCAAAAAUACACGAAGACAUAGUAGAAGCGAAGAAUUCUUACGAAAAUAUUUGGGAAACGCUUACUGAAAAGGAAAAGGUUGAAAUAAUAAAUGAAUCUAUAAUAAAACCAGAGAUAGCACUCAAAUAUGCUCUACUGGACACGCUAGAGUUUGAUUUGAAUGAUCCUCCUGUCCGGAAAGAUGAUCUCAUGUCAUUCUUUGGGCGGGAACAUGGUAUGAAGUUGAUACAAGAUGAAAACGGCUCAUACAGAGACGAACACUCCGCACCGUUCCUGUACCAAACCAGAAGCCAACUGAACCUCUGUGCAUUAUCGGAGCACAGAGCGAAGGAGCCGGCAAAAGCAUCGUCUCCCGUGCCGGUGAUGACGGAAUUAGCUCUGUCGCACUCCAAGGUUGUGUGCGAACUGAAGAACGCUUUGAAGUCGCACGAUGUUCUCAAAAGUUAUAAGGAGGAAGCCACCUCGCCCGGUUUCAUUAGCAAGCUGAUGGGGAACUUCAAGAAUAAGGAUGAAGAGCGCGAAUAUCUCGUGCCGUCGUCGGCGCAGACGCAGAUUGUGGCGUCGUCGGACAACUUCUUCAGAACCAAUUUCAAGAGUCCAUCGACUGAUGCCAAGUUUGAGAAGGAUUAUAGAAACAGCGUCCUCAAGUCGAGCAGUGAUAUAUCCGAAGAGAACCGUGGUCUUCUAUCUUCGAGUCAAGCUUCCUCCACGGACUUCCAAUCUACCGAGACUCUAACUGACUCUUUGCCAAAGACAGGUUAUGAUUUCUUAGACAAUUGGUAAGGUUUGAAAUGUCAAAUUUAUGACCUAAAGAGAUUUCUGAUGAAAUUAUUACGAUUUUGUAAUACAAUUUUUGUUUUAAUACUCUCCAGUAAGCAUUCAUGCCUUUUUCUAGAGUGGUAAGCAGGUUGGAAAAUAAAAUUGAUGACCUAAAGAUAUUUCUGAUGAAAUGAUUACGAUUUUGUAAUACAAUUUUUGUUUUAAUACUCUCCAGUAAGUAUUCAUGCCUUUUUCUAGAGUGGUAAGCAGAGGCUAAAUCUUAACAGUUACCUAUUAAAUGCAUAUAUCUGUUACUUCAUACAAACUAUACGUAAAUAAUGAAUUGACAGAUCACCCGCAUAUUCAGACAACUGGAUGUGUAAUCAUGAUACAAUAUGAGUUAGGUUCUUCUGCAAAGGUUGCGGAGAUCAGACGGGAGUCGCUUCGUGUAAAAACCUGACUCACCCAAUCCAGGGUCCAUGGUCAAGGGCUUACCCCGGGCUCAUCUCCAGAGUGGUGAAGAUGUAUCCGGGACAUAAUUAACUCAAUUUAUAAAGAAAAUCUGUAAAGUGUUAUAAUGUGUUAAGGAAUUUUUAGGAGCAAUUAUUAGAUGCCUUAUAUUUCCGAAAUUCGUUAUCUUAGUUCAGUUGCACGUAAUCUUAGAUUUUCGAGACUUUUGUCCCUGUCUACCCCAUAAGGAAAAAGGAAUGAAUUUUUGGUCAUGCAAAACUAAUAUAACAACUAAGUACUAAAUGAAUUGUAUUGUAUUUUGGUUGAUACAGUUGCACACUCCUACGUUAUAACAGAUUUUUAAUUGUAAAGUUUGAUUAAUUAUUUUUUUUUAUACGCAAAUAUCAAUGGAUACGUGUUUUUUUUAUUGCAUGUGUAGUUUUUUUUAUAUAUAAUUAAUCUUGCGCUGUGUGGAUGUUGCAAUACAUAUAAUUAGAGUUUAGAUAUAUAGGUACUGUGCGACAUGUAAUUUAAAUACGUUUUUGUAGCAACCUUCUUUUUGUGUGUGGCAAAAUUAUCAUAGAUUUCGUGUUGUUUAAUUGGUAGAUAAUAUACGGUGUUGCCAGUUCUGCUAUGAAUUUUCUACUAAUUUUAAUCUUGUUGUAUGUCGUAUGUAUGUUGAUAGUUCCCGACCGACGAAACCAGUUCUUUGGUCCAUUGAGUUCGUAGCUUAAAACAAGUCUCGAACUUACUUUGGGGCUAAAACAAUGAGUGAUUUGCGCCCUAUAUUAUUUUCUAGAUUUUUUAUUAUUAUGAUUAUAAAACUUUAAUCACUAAUAUAUAUAUAAAUGCGGCAUCAAUAACCGUUGCGUAGUUUUAAAGAUCUAAACAUACAUACAUACUGACAGACAACGGAACCUGACUUUGUUUUAUACUAUGUUGUAUGUUAGCAGAGGUAGUAUUAAAUACUUUGCCAAAAAUACUAUCAAGAUAAGGCGAGUUUCACACUAUAGGCAAUGGCAUCGUGUGAGAAUAGCCUUAUUUUUGUGAUAUUUUAAUCUCAUUAAAAUAAAAUAAGACUGCUUGUAUUUGUACCAUUUUUUAUAACAUUUAUGUUUUUAUUAUUAUUUAAUGAAAAUCUGUAAUGUCAAAUGUAUAUUUAAAAUAAAAAAAAAGAAUUGCAUUUUUAUAAUUGUCUAUUGAAAGUGAUGCAAUUUUAAAAUUUGAAGUAAUUAUAUUACUAAAAAAAAUGCUCUCAAAGCUAAACUGCAUUUAUACUAUUUGUGUUAAAUUAAGAUUUAUUUAUUUAGGUAUAAGAUUUCAUUACUGUAGAAAUUAAUAGAACA